UCAACAUGACUUAUUUCAGUGUGCUCCGGUGGUGAGUCAGUUCACUGCUGCAAUGCGAGUUUGUGUCACAUGAAGACCUGUCCUGCCAACCCAUCCGCUGUGUGUCGAAUCAAUCCCUGCGGAGGCUGCAGUGUCGAGUUCCGCGACCACAACAACAACGUCAUCGACUGUGAUGAAGGUUUGUCGAAGUGCCAGAAACACCAUCACACAGCUAUGAUGUACCGCAAGCAGCACGCCGUCAACAAGAUGAUUCCCAUGCCCAUGAUGGGCAGUUCCUCUCAUAGCAAACCGUCAAGUCCUCCAGUCAAGGUAAAGCUUCCAGAUGUUUGCUUUCUUCCACCCUUUACUGGGAUGUGUGAGGCAUACAUCCCAUCAUGGUUCUACAACGAUGCCUCGAUGAAAUGUGAGAAGUUCAUCUAUGGUGGUUGUGACACAAACGGCAACAAGUUCCCAACAGCUGACGCUUGUUACAAGACAUGUAACCAGAAAGCAAGUCCAUGCAAGAAAGUUAAAUGUGCGGAUGGAGAAAAAUGUCGACUAUCUGAGGAAGACAAUUGUGAAGGUGGACCGUGCGAGCACUGGGCAUCGUGUGAUGCUUUAUUCUCUGAGUUGCACAUUGGUGGUGUAUACCUCCCGGUGUGUAGGCGAGAGAAGUACGCAUUGCGGCAGUGUCACCAUGGAUACUGUUGGUGUGUGUCACAAGAUGGUGUACCAGUACCAGACAGUCUGACAAACGGACACAGUCUGAUAUGUCAGGAGGAUGGCACAUUUCAGUUUGAAGCUGAUGCUGAAGUUGGUAGAUGCGCCGAUGGCAAGGCCCCGCGUCUGCACUGUCUCGAUGCCUGCAUGACCAAAGUGUGUCCGGGUCACGAACAAGCCACGUGUCUUGUCAACAUGUGUGACGACCAGUGUGGCAUAGAGUUUGUCCAGAAUGACACCAAGGUCUCCUGUACUGAGGAUCCUUGUGCUCUUCUAUCAGCUAAACCGAAUGACGAUUGUCCAGUGAAGACCGUGUGUCCCAGUGGCCAGGCUCCUCCGAUGUGUGACCCGAGGUCGUGCUCCAACAUGACCUGUCCCAGCAACCCGUGCGCAGUCUGCACCAUCGACCCAUGCUCAUGUCGGGUGACCUUUGUUGACCUCCUCACAAAAGAAACUGUCAACGACUGUGAUAUAGUGUCUCACACUCUUUGUGAAAUAGAAAUGUGUCAGAAAUUCUCUGACAAAGCCCGAGACCGACUGAUGAACGGAGAUUCUGACAUCCCCAUGCCAACUUGUACCAAUGGAUUGUUUGAUCCAAAACAGUGUAUCGGGGAGUACUGCUGGUGCGUUGAUGGAUUUGGACGAAAGACUAUGGAAGUUGAAGAAGAUGAAAUAUGUGUUCGAAAUGAGACAUUGUCAGUGACAGUGCGGAUCAAGUUCAACCAGCCGUUCAGCAGAAUAAGAGGAAGAGAGGCAGAGUUUGAGAGGUGA